CAAGUGUGACAAUCUCAAGACAACACAUACGCAGUUUAUUCUUGCACGUAAUCAUGAAGUUAGCGUACAGUUAUUUUUCUCUGUGUGCUUUUUUCACGAGCCUAAUUUCUAAUGGAGCAUGGGUGAAUGGCAAUCUAUAUGACCCACACUUGUUUCCAGCUGAAGGUCCGUUUAUGGAGGGAUGGUAUUCGCGAAUCAUAGACAUCAACUCGAAUCACUCGUUCGGAGUUUUGUUCGGUCAAGUUCUUAUUCAAAAGAAAGGCCCUGAGUUUGGUCAUUAUCCGCAAAAUAUGGUCUCGAUUAUACACAGCAAAGGGAAUGGACGAACAAUGGAGAGGUUCUCUGUUUAUCCUUCAAACGAAGACAUCGUGGUUACAGUUGAUGGCAAGUCUGUGUCAAGCAAUCCAGAUUUCAAAUCUCCAGCGAACUUCGAAUGGAAGGCAAAACCUUAUGGUUACUUCAGAGUGACUGAAAACGAAACGAGAAUUAAUUUUACCAACGUGGAUGGUGUAAGUUUUAUUGGUGUGUUAGGACCCCCCAAACCUUGGGGCCCAAACGGGGAAGGCCCAGAGGGCUGGAUUGAUAACGUGCCCUUCCUUCCUCUUCAUUGGUUUGUUUACAGUUUGGGCUCUGAGCUCAUUGCUUAUAACUGGGUGAACGAAAAAUCUGGAGAGUUGUUACGAGGAAAUCAGGGCCUUGCACAUCAAGAGAAAAACUGGGGAAAUAGCUUCCCACCAGCUUGGAUUUGGGCAGAAGGAGUUGACAGCUCUUCAGGUUCCUCAUUUGCAAUAUCCCUUGGAGUUCUUAGCUUACUAACAUUUGACGUACCUGCCCAUCUGAUUGGCUAUCGCAGUGCAGCAGCAACCCUUAAUUUUAGGCCAACAAACUCUUUGCUGACAUCAAAGCACAUUGAUGGAUGCACUGGGAAAAUGAAUGCCACUGUAACAAGCCUUAUAAACAAACUGGUAUUUGAAAUAGAGACAGCACCAUCAGCUUUGGAAACAUGUCUUCUUGGACCCACAUUGGAUGGCUUUGCUCCAGUGUGUGUGGAAAGCUACACUGCAAUCACUACUUUCCAUGUUUACAAGAUGACUUUGUCUGGGUAUGAACUCAUUGAAACAAAAACAUUUAACAUGGCUGCAUUAGAGUUUGGUGGCUUUUAUUUGUGCUCAGAAAGGAAUCCUUGUCAGUCUGAGUCAGACGGGGCAGCAUGAGUUCCUGUAUAGAUUUUGCAAGAAGUGAGCUGAAAAUUAAAUUCUCCUGCAUAGGAAGAAAACAUUUGCAUUUAAAAAAUAUCAAUUGUUAUGUAAGUGGGGCAAAAAAAAAAAGUUUUUGUACUGAGGGGAUAUAAUAGGGAUUUUGUAUCAUUUCAUUAAAUUUACAUUAUAUUAAAAUAUUAUUUGAUAGGGAAUUUUUGGAACUGAACAGGUUUUGAACUCAAAUUUUUGCUUAUUCUGUGAUUGGGACAAAAUAACAAAUUUCUUACUCUUAAAAAAAAUGAUUCUAUAAAUUAUUUUACUGUACAUUACCAUUAAAAAAUUAUGAUAAAAUAGUGCCGUUUGAUGCAUUUAAACACAAAGAAGGCAAAAAAUUAAAAUAGAAUUUAUUACAGCAGGAAAUAAAGAGGAAUUUUGUUUCAAAUAAUAUUAUUUAUAUUGAUUUAAAAAUAUUAUUUGCAAGGAAAGUUGGCCUGACCAACUAAGAUUUUUCUUUUAAUGAUAUGGAUAAAAGGUUUAACAAAUUUCGUCCUCUUCAGAGAAAAAAAAUUGGAAUUAUAUUUUAUUAUGCUGUUUUAUCGCCUCACCAUGUAUUUGUAUUAUAUGUGGGGUUAUGAGUUUAUCUGAAAAAAAUUUCUAACUACUUGUAAGAGUUUUUUUGUGUAAAUGCACAUUUUUGAUGAGAAAACUAACUGAUCAAAUGAAAUAACUAUGACAGAAAAUACUGAAGAUGGAAAUUAAUAAAUAAAUACAUUUAUAAGAAAUUGUUCGACUAGAAAUUGUAAGAGGUGAAAUGAAUAAAAAUAUUGUU